CGACAGCUUGUUCAUGAAUCUCAAUUCAUAUCUAUAUAUCUUCUUUAAUUUUGUCCAGUCUGAUAGAAAAUCAGUUCAUCUUCUGGUGUAGUUCAUCUAAAAUCAUAUCCUCUGUUACACUUUCUCAUGGCAUCAUCAAACUCUUUAAAAAUUCUGCAGGUUUGUCAGGUGGCUCCGGCGAGCGACUAUGUCAGAACCACCGAGUUAUCUCUUUCUUUCACUUUUAUCGAUACCAUAAUGCUGAUUCUUCCUCCGGUUGGAUGCAUUUACUUUUACAAGCACACCGGAUUAAACCCUACCUUGUUCAACAUGGAAAUCCUUCCGAUUCUGAAAGGUUCACUCUCAAGAACCUUGGUCCACUUUCUACCUCUUGCUGGCCGCCUCACCUGGCCAUUUUUCGCUCUUAAACCCGUCAUUCGCUAUGCUCCGACCGACUCCAUUUCGCUAACGAUUGCGGAGUCUAAUGCAGAUUUCGAGAGCUUGGUCGGGGAUGAAGUGCGCGAGGUUUCUCAGCAUUGUGAUUAUGUACCUGAGUUGUUUACAUCAAGAAAAUUGGCAUCUAUUAUGUCUGUGCAGAUUACUUUAUUUCCUGACAAAGGAUUUUCCAUUGCCACUAACAUACAACAUUCGGUCGUUGAUGGUAUGGGUGCAUCUCUGUUCAUGAAAGCUUGGGCUUAUACUGCUAAACAAACCAAGAAAAUUGAUGACUCAACGUUCAUAUUUCCCGAUCUACAGCCGGAGCUGACCCCGUCUUUUGAUCGAAAAUGUAUCAAUAGAUUUUAUUUUUCAUUCCUUUUAAAAUCUUUAGGAUUGAGCGGGUUAGCUAUCAAAUACAUCCCAAGAACCUUGGAAAUCGCAUCUAAUAAUGAUCAAAUGUCAAAAGAUUUAGUUCAAGCUAGCUUUCAGUUAAGCCGCGGUAACAUCAGAAAGCUAAAAGAAAAUACUGCAGAAGAUAAUGAAGAAUUCAAUUUCUCGACAUUUGUUAUAACUUGCGCUUAUAUAUCAGUCUGCAUGGUGAAAGCUAGAGGAGGAGACGGUAACAGAAAGGUCGGAAUUGUAUUUCCGGCAGAUUGUCGGAGCCGGCUAGACCCGCCAGUUCCGCAAAACUAUUUUGGCAAUUGUAUUUUCUUGUACGAAACUAUUUCAGAAGCUAAGGAUUUCAUGCAAGAAAAUGGAGUUGCUGUAAUAGCGAAAAAGAUUUAUGAGAUGACUGAAAGGUUGAAGAAAGGAGUUUUCCGAGAAGCAAGAAAAAGUCUGGUUCAGUUAGGUAAUACAGAACGAGAUGUGCAACAAAUUUACUUACUUGGGUCACCUCGUAUUAUGUUUUAUGAACUCGACUUUGGAUGGGGGAUUCCUGAGAAAGCCACUAUUGAAGCCAUUAAUUGGGAAAGUAUUUGUGGGAUAUCAAAUAUUAAUGGUUUUUCAAUGAUUGGUGACAGAAAUGGAAAUGGAGGUGUUGAAGUUGGAGUAUCAUUGUUAAGGCAUGAAAUGGAGGCAUUUUCUUCCUUUUUCGCUAAUGGUCUUCAUGUGACUUAGUCCCCUCCCUAAAUAAAUAAAUAAAUAUGAGUGAUUAUUCAAAGCCAUCCCUUAUAAUACCUCGUUCAUGUAAUAAACUGAUAAAUAUUUACGAUAUUAAAAUAUUAAAGUA